AUGACACAAUUAGAAGGAAUGACAUUGCCUUCAAUGCCACAGGGACAUUUUAAAAUCUAUCUAUACAGCCAAUGUGGAGAUGUGAUGAGCUCCCUGGGCCAAAACCCAAUCAAUACUGAGGUGCUGAAAGUCCUAGGGAGCCCCAUGAGUGGUGAAAGGAAUGUAAAGGUGCUGGAUUUUGAGCAUUUCCUACCCAUGCUGGAGACUGUGGCCAAGGACAGGGGCCAGGGCACCUGGGAGGAUUAUGUUGAAGGCCUUCAGAUGUUUGACAAGGAAGGGAAUGGCACCCUCAUAGGGGCUGAGUUCAGGCAUGUCCUUGUCACACUGUGCGAGAAGAUGACAGAGGAAGAAGUAGAGGUGCUGGUGGCAGGGCCUAAACACAGCAAUGGCUGCAUCGACUAUGAAGAGUUCGUCCACAUGGUGCUGAAUGGCCGAGGACAGACCUUCCUGUGUCCCCGGAGCCCUGUGCCUUUUCCCAUGUGA